GGAAACCUGUAAUUUGGUAACAAAGUGGGCCACUCUGAGUUAGAGGAUGGAGAAAAUCUAGUUCAGAUUUGAGGUUAGUUAAACCCAUACACAAACACAGAAAAGCCUGUCUGCCUCCGAAACCUCAACUCUAAAACCCUCUUUGCCCCUUCUCUCUCUCUCCAUUCUAAGAGAUUAAACAAACCAGACUACAUCUUCUGUUACAGACACCCAGAAACUGCUUAUGCUCCUCAACAAAGCCCAUUUGGUGUCUCUAUGCUGCCGAGUCCUCUUCGCAAACUUGCCCGUGAAGAAUUUGUAUCUUGUUUCCUCAUCAAUUUCCGACUUUCAUAUUACAACAGCAAAUAUAAUUGUGAUAUAGGUCCUUUUAAAGUUGAUAUUAGCAACAGAAGAAACUACUCAAGCCAGGUUUUAUUGGAUCCAUUAGGUGAAGAGCAACCUGUAAAUUCUCAAAUCUACAAUCAUUCCUGUACAAGAGAUUCAAGUAGUCCUUAUACAUCGAUUCUUCAAUCCAGCAGUCUUCAGCACAGGUUCAAAAAAUGGCAAGAUCAAAGAAAGCAUAAACUGACGGCAAGCACUUUCAGUGGGGCUAUUGGUUUUUGGCGUGGUAGGCGAGUCCAGCUCUGGUUAGAGAAACUUGGUGCAAAAGAACCAUUUUCUGGUAACAUGGCUACCUGUUGGAGCAAUGCCAAAGAAGAGGAAGCACUUGAAAGAUAUAAGUUGAUAACAGGAAAUACAAUUUUGUUUCCCAGAUUUCAGGUCUAUGGUAAGAACAACUUAAAAGAUGAUUGGCUUGCAGCUUCACCUGAUGGGUUAAUUGACAAGUAUUAUGGGUUGAAUUCCAGAGGAGUGUUAGAAAUAAAGUGUCCAUUUUUUAAUGGAGAUAUGAAAAGGGCUUCACCUUGGAAGCGGGUCCCCCUUUAUUGUAUUCCACAAGCUCAAGGUUUAAUGGAAAUACUGGACAAGGAUUGGAUGGAUUUCUAUGUUUGGACUCCUAAUGGAAGCAGUCUAUUCAGGUUAUACCGAGAUGAGGCAUACUGGGAUGCUUUGAAAAUAGCACUUUCUGAUUUCUGGUUUAACCAUGUCCUACCAGCGAAGGAGUUGUGCAGUAAAAAUGUGAUAACAGAUCCCCUGAAGGAAUUAGGAUCAUUGAAGCCUGCGCCUAGGCAUGAAUUGUAUAGAUAUAUAGUUUAUGAAAGCAAACAUGCUGUUGAUAACUCUCACUUACUGAUGCGUGAAAUUAAUGGGCACCUUCAAAAUUGAUGCAAUAGGACUUGAUGAGCCGAGGCAUUUCGCUACAGUUUGACUAGUGAACUUGUGUGUAUUGCAUCUUCUCCACUCCAGAAUCUUCUUCUUCUUCUUUUUCCCUAUUAAAUAGAAGAACUACGAAAUUUGGCCAGAAAGCUAGGAACAAGGUUAAGUAGCUUGAGUGGAGCCAGAUUAGAGAAACUUGGGUUGUUAACAGCAGCAGCUUGUCAACUGUGGCAUGAAGAUUUGGUGGCGUGUCUUCUCUGGACAGACACUCAAACAGAGGCACACAUUGAGAGAUGGGAGAUGGCUACGUUUAUACUGCUAAGGAAGUUUUAUACCAUGGCUGGAAGGUUGCUAAACUUUUCUUGAUGAUCAAAUGGCUCAGAGAAUCAUCAGUGCUGAAGGCACCCUUUGUUUCGCCAACAGAUAAGUCAUCCUUGAUGAUUUCUAUUCCUUCCCUGCUCAACCGCCUCUCAUUGCCAUUUGAAAGCUUCAAUAGAUUUGUUGAAUGCUCCUGUUCGGAUGUCAUUUCAUAAUCCUCAUGAAAGCCUGAUAUAUAUGUGUGAUAUCUUAGUGCAUUAAUGGAAGUGUACUUGUAUCAGUGUCAGUUUCUUGCUACCUUGAAACCACAUGAUUUACUAAAAUAACAGACAAAACCAUUGGAUUAUGAAGGGAUUUAAUAUGCAUUUGCUUAAACGUAACCAAUCAAACAAUGAGGCUUAGAUAAUCUGAUGCAAGUGUCCUCCUUGAUCUCUACCAAAAUGAAUUUAUGCAAGACAGAGAGUCUCCAUUUCUUGUGUCAUAAAUUGCUGCAUCUAGUAUGACAUAGGGUAGCCAUUUGGUUAGAAAUUUGAUACAUGACACUGAUAGGAUAAAAUGGGAUCAUGAUUUUUGGUGUUAGGGCUUCAAAAUACAUAGUUGUAACCCCCCCCCCCCCCCCCCCCCAUCUGAUUGAUAAAUCCUUACUAGGUUUUAGAUUUAUCAGAUAAGCAAUUGAAUAGGAAAACCUGACUAAUCCAAUCAGAUUUUACAUCCAGCUGACUUAAUUAAAACAACUAGUCACCAUACAUUACAUUACAAUAGACUAUGAUGUGCUUGCAAAUAUCACAACAACGAAAUACGAGAUAUAAAUGAAGAGAAGACGAGCAUGCAGAGAAAUUGUGAAGACUGAGAUCAAGAAAAAAAGUAAUAUUUGCCCCAAAUUUACAACAAGACUAGACCCAAAAACAAGACCUGCAGGUUAGCUUUGCUUCAGCGGCAGCCUCUGUAUAUGUUUAUCUGACAGUCUGACACAAAUUUUGGCGGAAGACAUGGAAGCUCCAUAGACUGAUCAGAUCAACAAGGGGGUUGAAAAAUCCUGGACCAUGGGACCAUAUCCCAGUGCUGGGAACACAUGGGGGUCCUGAAAAUGCAAAAUGUGGAGUGGUAAUACACGAGGGGUGGAGAGAUCAUGAAACCAAGAACAGAGGAAGAAGAAGAGGGUGGUGAUAGGUGCCAUGGCUUUGAGCUUGCUACACAGGAAGCUUGGUAGUGGAGCUUGCUGGUCUUUUUAUAAUCUUGAUUCGUUGCUUUGUUUUUGGAUUUCAAACAGGCAUAAAGGAAGUCGUAACGGCCAUUGAGUCUGAUAAUCCAAAAGUAUAUGCAUGAAAAAGAAAUGACAAGUGUGCAUCAAUUGCCUUGUCUCGUGUUGGGAGAAAUCAUGAUCUUCUAUGCAUGUCAAGGCUUUUCCAAAGUAUUGCAGCCAAAGAAAGGGUGGGACAGUGGGUGAUUUGGACCCAAGUGACAUUAUGUCACGAAAAGAAAGAGAAACAGGCAUGCAAUAAAGAAGCAAGCACUUGCUUUCACUCUGUUGUCAAAUAGCUCAAGAAAAUUUGACUUGGAAGCAACUCCUUUUAUGAAGCCUAGAUUCAUCAUGCAUGUUAUACAAUUGUCUAAGAAGUUGAGCUUUAUUGCUUUGAAAUGGCCAUCUUAGAAAGGAUUCAUGUGUGGCAAGGAGCACUAACUCAACCAUAAUCAAACUGGGGGAGUUUAGAGACUUUUCAAUUAACCAUAUCUUGUUCCAUUUUUAUUUGAGUAUUAAUGAACAGUCAAAAAGGUUGGUCA